AUGAGUCGUCCACAUAUUCUGGCAGUUCCUUUUCCAGCACAAGGCCAUGUAAUUCCUUUACUGCAGCUUUCAUUGUGCUUGGUUAAGCAUGGCUGUCGAGUCACGUUUGUUAACACAGAAUAUAAUCACAAGCGGAUCAUCGAUGCAUUGCAAGAAAAUGAUUCCAUGGAGGAUGGAAUUCAUCUGGUGUCUGUUCCAGAUGGAAUGGAACCCUGCGAGGAUAGAAAUGAUAUAGGGAGGUUAUGUGAUGCUAUGCCGAAGGUGAUGCCUAGGAGGCUGGAGGAGCUCAUAGAAGAGAUCAACAAAGUAGAAGAUGAAAAUGUUACUUGUGUGAUUGCUGAUGGGAAUAUUGGAUUUCCUAUUGAAGUUGCUGAGAAGAUGAACAUUAAGAAGGCUGCCUUUUGGCCUGUGGCAGCCGCAACUCUGGCUUUGUUUUACAAUAUUCCGAAGAUGAUUGAUGAUGGAAUCAUUGACAGUAAUGGAACUCCAAUCAAGAAACAAAUGGUUCAGUUUGCACACAGCGUGCCUGAAAUGGAAAGUUCAAAGUUUACUUGGGUCAAUAUUGAUGGUGGCUUAGCCCACAAAACAAUCUUUAGCUUUAUAUGCAGGAACACAAAAGCUGUGAAAGUGGCAGAUACCCUUAUUUGCAACUCAACCUAUGAAUUUGAACCUGGAGCAUUCAACUUGAUUCCGAAUAUGCUUCCAAUAGGACCUCUUUUAUUAAGCAAUCAAUUACAAGGAAACUCAAAAGGAUCCUUCUGGCAAGAAGACUCAUCUUGCUUGGAUUGGCUCGAUCAACAGCAGCCUAACUCAGUCAUUUAUGUUGCAUUUGGCAGCAUCACUGUUUUAGACGAGAUCCAAUUCCAAGAGUUGGCACAAGGACUUGAACUAACUAACAGGCCCUUCCUAUGGGUUGUGAGGCCAGAUAUUAUCGAUGAUGCCAAUGAAGCAUUCCCAGAAGGGUUUCGAGACAGGGUAGCCAAUCGUGGCCAAAUGGUGGGUUGGACUCCGCAACAGAAGGUUUUGAGGCACCCUUCCAUUGCCUGCUUCUUUAGUCAUUGUGGUUGGAAUUCCACCUUGGAAGGUUUAAGCAAUGGGCUUCCUUUCCUGUGCUGGCCAUAUUUUGCUGACCAGUUCAUCGAUGAGGGUUACAUUUGUGAUAUUUGGCAGGUGGGAUUGAGGUUUAAGAGAGACGAAAGUGGUAUCAUUACACGAGAAGAAAUUAAAACUAAGAUAGAUCAAAUUCUUGGUGAUGAAAAGUUUAAAGCAAGAGCUUUGAAACUGAAGAAAGCUGCCAUGGAAACUGUUAAAGAAGGUGGUCUGUCGAACAAGAAUUUAAACAAUUUCAUUAAAUGGAUCAAGGCAUAGGAACUCGCCACAACAUAAAGGUGAUCAUGGAAAGUUUGGCCAUUACAACUAAUCCAAAUUUUAAUUUCAGCUUGUAUUACUCUUUAUCAUGCAUUCUAGGAAUAAGUUCAU